AUGGGGAAGGUAUUAGGCACUCCCAUUGUAGUUGAUCAGAGAACUCUUAAUCUAGAAUAUGGUAACUUUGCCUCAGUUUUGGUGGAUGUGGAUUUUGCGAAGCACAUUCCUAGUAGAAUCAAGAUUACAGCUGGGGGACGUACUUUCUGGCAAUACUUGGAGAUUCCACGGGCUCCAAAAUUCUGUAUGAAGUGCUGCAUUAUUGGGAACAAUGAUGAUGAGUGCAGGAGGCAAACAAAGGGUGAUGAUAACUCUUCAAAGGCUGAUACUACAGCAAAGGGAGAUUCUUCCAAAGGCUGGCAAACUGCUAGGAAUAGGAGGCAGCGUAAAGGAAAGAAUGCUGAGAACUUUCCUGGUGGUGAUAAUGCUUCAAAAGAUGCGGAGCAUGAUGCUUCAAAAAAUGCGGAACAAGAUGGUGUUCUUGCUGUGUUACCAGGUGAAGUAGAGGAGAAUGCUAUUGGUGUGGAGGAAACCAAUCAGCUUGAGAAUGAGCUAGCUUCUUCUGAAGCUGUUUUUCAUGCAGCGUCUGUAGCUUUAGAGAAAGCAAAACAGGCGUUAGCUGAGAAAGGAGUAUUAGCUAGUAGGUUACCAGUGGGUGAAAUUGGAACCUCAGCUAAGAAGGGAUGUGAUGUUGUGGUGGACAAUAUUGAGAAUUUGACUCGCUACAAAGCUAUUAAUGAGAAUGAUUGUGUGUUUUCUCCUAAUAAAUUCAAUGUUUUGUCUGCUGAGUUGGGGUUGGAUUCUGUGCAGCAAUCCAAUGAGCAAAGGGAGGAGAGUUCAGAUGAAGAAAUCACUCCAGAGAAGGCUUCGUCAGGUGUUAGGGGGUCUAAAUGGUCUGACAUACCCGUGGAGCAGCCAAAGAAAUCAAGGAAACCUGUUAGGAUUCGGAUUUCUAAUGAUCAGAAAAGUACUUCUCAACAAAGUACAAAUAAGGAGUCCAAGUCUGAUUCGGAAACUGAGAUCAAUGAUUUGGGAAUUCGAGUUAGAAAGGGAUUCUCCCCAGUUAUACUUAAACGGAAUUCUGAUAGGAUUCCUGAUGCUAGUAAUAAUUCAAAGAAUAUAGUUUCCUAA